AUGGACGCCCUAUACCCACGAAACUUCACAGAUGUGCUCGAGAUACUUGCUGCAACCUGCUCCUUCGUUUUUGUUUCCGUCGUUCUGUUGAUUCGACAACCCAUCAGCCUCAAUCGUGCUACCUGUACCAUGGUCUCGCGCAAAUUGUACAAUAUGUCCCACGGGCAGCAGACAGUGACCUCGGAGUUGGCCCUUGACCCAUCGCAGUGUCCGCAAAAGGUUUUCCACAAGCUGUUUGAGGGUCAUCAUCUCCCACAUACCCAUCACAAUGGAGAAGGAUCGGGCUCGGACUCUGACGAAGCAUCCAAAUGGGAGCAAUUGGACGAGCUGCAGAAGGCUCGCGCGUGUGGAAAUUUUGAAUCAACCGAAACAAGUGAAAUAUUCUUAAAGGUCUAUCACGACGCCUUGUGUUCUUUAGAGAAAAACCCCAUGUCGGGGGUUGUCUCUCCCCCUCUUUUGGGCGGCACGGGAGUUUUGCCCUUGACGAUUGUUGCUCCUUUGCCAGAUUUGUGUCGCCAUUUAGCAAAUUGCAUUGUGCGUGCCGAGCAUGAAAUUUUUCUAGGUACCAAUUUUUGGAUUCACUCCGACGCAUCAACACUCAUCACAAAUGCCAUCCGAGAGCUCUCUAAAAGAGCUGGCGAACGAGGCCAAAAGAUAGUAAUGAAGAUGAUCUAUGACCGUGGAGAUCCUCGGCAGGCGUGGGAUAACCGACUCAACGUGAAAGAGGACCAGUAUGUAGGCGGCAAAGUCAGGCUACCUGCUGCGAGCGAGAUCCCCAAUGUUGAUCUCCAGGUCAUCAACUUCCACCGGCCCAUAUUUGGCACAUUCCAUGCAAAGUUUACCGUUAUAGACCGGCGCAUGGCUCUCAUACAGAGUAGUAAUAUUCAAGACAACGACAACCUCGAGAUGCUGUCUCAUAUCGAGGGACCCAUCGUUGACUCUUUCUACGAUGCUGCAUUGUUGUCCUGGGGAAAGCCUCUUGAGCCUCCGUUCCCUCUGUUGAACUCACCCGCUAGGGAUGCCCCAAUCCAGUGCUACAAAGGCGCGGAGCAGGAGAACGGGGCUCCUUCACAGAAUGGAGCUGAGGCUCUUCCCGAGCAUACAACCAAGUCUCCGCACUACGAUCUCGACUAUCAUCACGAGGCUCGCCGAGUUAACGAAUGUAUGAAACCAACAGAAACACAGACACCCACACAGGCUGUGAGCCGACACCUUAGUAUGUUGAUACAUGAUCAAUCCCCCAAUCAUUCUUCUGACCUUCAACUAGAUACAACUAUCCAGCCAGACACGACUGGCGAUGCGCCAGACAGCGAUCAAGACCCGGUGAUGACCCCCUACAUGGUGAUGCCCCCUCAUGAGCCCUUCGCAAUGGCUGUGGUAAAUCGGGAGCCUUUUGGAUCUCCAAACCACAGCAGUAUCCACACACCCCAGAACUCUGCCUGGAUCUCGGCAAUCAAUCAUGCACAGAAAUCGAUUCUCAUUCAAACACCAAAUAUGAAUGCCGAGCCUUUAAUCGAGCCCCUCAUCAACGCUGCUCGUCGCGGUGUCAUUGUAGCCUGCUAUCUCUGUCUUGGGUACAAUGAUGCAGGCGAGUUGCUUCCGUUCCAAAACGGGACUAACGAGAUGAUCGCCAACAGACUAUACAACUCUCUGAAAUCAGAUGAGGAGAAGUCUUGCCUACGGGUGUGCUACUAUGUCGGCAAGGACCAGACCCGUCCCAUUCACAACAGUUUCAAGAAACGCAGCUGUCACAUCAAGCUCAUGAUUGUUGAUGAGCAAAUUGCUAUUCAGGGAAAUGGAAACCUUGAUACACAGUCAUUCUUCCACAGCCAGGAAAUCAAUGUUCUUAUCGACUCGGCAAUGAUCUGUCGAGCUUGGCUCGAGCUGAUUGAUCGCAAUCAGAACACUGCCAAGUAUGGUGCCGCAAGUCCUAAAGAUGGCUGCUGGCACGACCCAAAGACUGAUGAGAUACCACCUGGCUCUAUGGGACCUGUUCCUGGCCGGUUUAGCUGGGCCAAGGGAGCUAUUGGUGCUGUACAGAGGGUGCGAGGAGUCGGCGGGUUUUGA